GUCUCUGAGGAGUGGUCCAAAGGGGUUUUUGUGCUCAAACCUGAAGAUGAAGAUAUUCAUACAGCCAACGAGCGCAGGCUUAAGGAGCUGAUCGGCGCCGCAGCGGGGAAGCUGCACACCGGCCGGAGCAGAAACGAUCAGGUGGUGACGGAUAUGAGGUUGUGGCUGCGGGAUGCCAUCACGAUCCUGUCAGACAAUUGCCUGCAGCUUAUAUCCACCCUGGUGGAGCGGGCAGCCAUAGAAAUCGACGUCCUUUUCCCCGGCUACACCCACAUGCAGCGAGCUCAGCCAAUCAGA